AUUUUUCAUAAAAAUACGAAUAUAAAUUAAAAUAGGCCUUGACCUAUAAGUCGUAAUUACCAGGUCAUAAAAUCUUUUAAAAAAAACUGAACUGUCAAAUGUCAACAAUCAAUGAGAAUGGUUUACGGCAAUGCAGAUGCGCGGCUCUAUUUGAAACUUUACCAAAAAAUAUUGAUUGCCGUCACGUCCACAUUAUUACAAAGUAAAAAAUAAGCCCACCACACAUUAUUUGUAAUUAUUAUAAUAAAAUGCAAAGUUAUAAUGUUAAAGUAAUAAAAAAAAAAACUAAAACGAAUAUUUUAAUUUACUACAUUUAAAAAAUCUAACUGCAUUUUAAAAACAAUGACUUUUGUUACCGGUGUUAGUGUAUCAAAAGAGCUCGUCCGAAGUCCAAAGAAGUUUAUUAUAUCGAAAAAUAGUGAAUACAAUGUGGAUUUGUGGAAAGAAUUGAUGAAAAAAUGGCUCGUUAUCGGCGUAUUUAUUGUGAUAACAUUGGCGGUUCUAACACCUGGGAUAGGCGCAUCAGGAGGCAAACAAAACCGCAUGUUCACUUAUAGAUCAUUCUAGAACGCAGUGCACCCCAUGAAAUCACGUAAUUGAAUCUUUAAAAUUCAGUUUAACCUAUUCUAGGUAGAACAUGCUUUUAAAGAAAUUUUACACUUAUUUUUAUAUUAAUACUCUACAUGUAUUAUAUAAAGCUUAUUUUAAUAAUUUUUUAUAUUAAUACAAAAGGUUUAUUAAAAAUAGACUUUGAAUGUUUUUUUAAAUAUUGAAAAUAAAACACGAAAAUUGCAUACAUAUGUCAUACACAUUAUUUUAAAUUAAAAGCUUGACUGAAUUUUGAUUAUCAUAUUGUUACAAAGUUACUGUCAUUCUUUACUAUUUGAACUUAGAUUUUAAUUAGCCUCUGCUUAACUCUCAUCUAGAUUCCUACGAUGUUAAACAGAAACCAGAAUAUGUGAUAUAGAAAUAGUUUUGGGCGGUAAUCUAUGGAGAAAAUCUAUCAGGAACAUGUCCUGAAGUUUACUCAAAUUAUCAUUGAUUAAUUCAUUAAGCUCAGUUAGUGGGCAGUUAUGUCCAGUGCCUGUGGGAAUCGAUGACCAUUAAUCACCAGGUGAUCCGUGUGCUGUCAUCUAAAAUUUCUGGCAAUAACCAAGUAGCUUUGUCAAUUAGACUUGAGAUUAUGUGCUUCUAGUUCUUUCUCGGCAUAUAUAAAGUAUUACUUUUUUUUUUAUUACAUAGAUUGUUGGUUACGUAGAUAUCUACAAAUGCUGCCACCCACAUUGAGAUAUGAGUUCUAAGGUCUCAGUAUAGUUAUAACGGCUGCCUCACCCUUCAAACCCAAACCGAAAUGCAGAAAUAGGCAGGGUGGUGGUAGCUACCCGUGCGGACUCACAAGAGGUUCUACCACCAGUAAUUAUGCAAAUUAUAAAGAAAAAGAAAAAAAGCAAUUACUGUGAUACUGAUAUCGAAUAAAACGGACCUUUAAUUACAAAGAUAGCCUUUCACCCCUCGGUAUGUUAUUUGCACCGCACGCAAUGGAAUGCAUUUUGCGAUCGCGUUAGCCGUCUUUGCUUACGAUUGCGCGCUCAUGCGGGGAACUUGCUAAUACUAUUUUUGAUUUCGUAUAUGGACGAACGAGCACACAACUGACCUGUGUGCUUAGUGUGAGUUUUUUAACGUUCUCGAUAGCGUAAAAGUUAACCCAAUUUUGUAUGCAGUUGGAACAGCGCCCCUAGCGGCAAACGUAGGCAAACGAUCCGAUUCCAUACAAAUAUGAGCUAACUUUUACGCUAUCGAGAGCGUUAAACUCGCACUAAGCACACUGGUAUAAAGUGGUUAAUGCAGACCAUACUUCUUGCACUGCAAGAGCAGUGCACCACCAGCACUCAACACGCGGACCCCGAACACACCGAGUUCGUCGACAGGGAGGUCGAGCGCAGAGCUUCCCUGCCGCCCUCGGACGCGUUACCCCCCAUUACCACUUCCGAGGUCAAGGAGGCGAUCGAUAGCCUACAACCACGGAAAGCUCCCGGCUCCGACGGCAUCCGCAACCGCGCGCUUAAAUUGUUACCAGCCCAACUGAUAACGAUGUUGGCCACCAUAUUAAAUGCUGCUAUGACGAACUGCAUCUUUCCCGCGGCGUGGAGAGAAGCGGACGUUAUCGGCAUACACAAGCCGGGCAAACCGAAGAACGAAACCGCGAGUUACCGCCCCAUCAGUCUCCUCCCGGCGAUAGGCAAACUAUACGAACGGCUCCUUCGUAAACGCCUCUGGGACUUCGUAUCCGCGAACAAAAUUCUGAUAGACGAGCAGUUUGGAUUCCGCGCCAGACACUCGUGCGUCCAUCAAGUGCACCGCCUCACGGAGCACAUCUUACUAGGGCUGAACAGGCGGAAACCCAUUCCGACAGGAGCCCUCUUCUUCGAUAUAGCGAAGGCGUUCGACAAAGUCUGGCACAACGGUUUGAUAUACAAACUGUAUAACAUGGGAGUGCCAGACAGACUCGUGCUCAUCAUACGAGACUACUUGUCGAACCGUUCGUUCCGAUAUCGAGUCGAGGGAACGCGUUCCCGGCCCCGUCACGUCACAGCCGGAGUCCCGCAAGGCUCCGCCCUUUCCCCGUUACUAUUCAGUUUGUAUAUCAACGAUAUACCCCGGUCUCCGGAGACCCAUCUGGCGCUCUUCGCCGAUGACACCGCCAUCUACUACUCGUGUAGGAAGAAGGCGUUGCUUCAUCGACGACUUCAGACCGCAGCUACCACCAUGGGACAGUGGUUCCGGAAGUGGCGCAUCGACAUUAACCCCACGAAAAGCACAGCGGUGCUCUUCAAAAGGGGUCGCCCUCCGAACACCACGCUGAGCAUCCCUCUCCCGACUAGGCGCGUCAACACCCCCGCCCCCGCCGUUCGCCCAAUCACGAUGUACGACCAGCCCAUACCGUGGGCCCCGAAGGUCAAAUAUUUAGGCGUCACCCUCGACAGUAGGAUGACAUUCCGCCCCCACAUCAAGACGGUACGCGAUCGUGCCGCCUUCAUCCUAGGACGUCUCUACCCGAUGAUAUGUAGGCGAAGUAAAAUGUCCCUUAGAAAUAAGGUGACACUCUACAAAACUUGCAUACGCCCCGUCAUGACCUAUGCAAGUGUAGUGUUCGCUCACGCGGCCCGCAUACACUUAAAAUCCUUUCAAAUUAUUCAAUCCCGUUUUUGCAGGAUAGCCGUCGGAGCCCCGUGGUUCGUCAGGAACGUCGACCUCCAUGACGACCUGGACUUAGAGUCCAUCAGUAUUAUCCACACGGAAUACACGUCGUAUCUACUCCUUUCAUACAUCUACUAUUUGGCAGGAAGGCAGACUGUCCUACCUAUAAAAUUACCGACCACAGUCAUUCUGAUAACGUGCGUGCACACUCAUAUUGUUAUACCUUGUAUACACGUGGUCAUCGUGUCGGCUAUCAGAGACCUGACCGACAUCGGUAUUGUUAAAGGGGCGUUGUAUUCCUCAGUUGGUGCUCCGACCAUGUGGCUGUCGAUCACGUUGAGCGACAGCGACGCUGCGGCCGCGGUGGUGGCUUUCAACUACGUCGCGUCGCUUGUAGCGAUACCGCUGUCUUUGUUUAUACUGUGUGGUCACCCAUCGAAGCCAGAAACGAAGGUGCUUGUAACGGUCGUAUCGGCAGUAGCGCCGUACGCUAUAGGUGUGUACCACGCGAAAAGGCACGGCUCCACGAAGCGCAGCGCGACCGAAGCGAGAGCCUAUGCUCUCGUUCUCUUAUAUGUGGAGUGCUGUCAGUACUUCGACAAUGCGGGCGGCGUCAUGAAGGUCUUCGACUUAUUCGCCAUCAUUCUGCUCGUGUUCACAUGUCUGCUAACAAGUACGACAGCUUGCUGGGCGUACGCUCGCUGUGGACUGAUUGACGGCGAGCAUUCGCGUACGAUCGCUUUGUGUUCGAUGUCUAAGUCAAUUGAGUUUGCUUCGUGGAGAUCGCAGUGCGCGAUAUCCGGGGCUUCGAUGAUGUUAGCUGCGUUACCCGCGCGAGCCCUCGUACUUGCUGUCAUAUCAGAUGGCGAAAGGGCGUCUUCACCAGCGCCGGAAUAACAAGUAUAUCUAUACUAAUAUAUAAAUCUACAGUGGUUUCUACGGAUGUUCCGUUAUAACUACUGAACCAUGCUUCCGAUUGACUCGAAAUUUGGUAUCCAUGUAGAAAAUACAUGUACUUAAUGGAUAGGCUAAUAUUUAUAUGAGUGUUGGACUCCCUAUACCAGUUGCGGGGGCGUUAAUGAUGAGAAUCUUUGUGGGGGUGAGAAAUAAUAAUGUUAAUUUUAAAUGCCCAGCGAAGCGGACGGGUACAGCUAGUACCUAAUAAAUAUAUGUGGGAUUGUAGAGCCAAAUCUACUAGAUUUUAACCUACAUUUUAACUUUAAAAUUUUAAUAAAAAAAAACUUAUCAUCUUAAUCUCAGUCGAUGAAUGAUAAUUACAUUCAAUAUAAAACAAAUCUAGUAUACCAGUAUGAACUAAAUAAUAAAAAAUACCGAUUUUCCCACAUACACGGUACAUAAUAUAUAUAAACUUAAAAUAAUAAUAUAUAGGUUUUUCACUUGAAAUUCUAUUUUAUAAGCAUCAGAUUUAUUUUCUAUCCGAAGGUUAGAUUUUUUAUUAAUAAUUCUUUUAAAAUUAAAAAGAACAAAACACAAAGAAUACAUGUCAAUAAUUUAAUGUCUUCGAGACAUUUAUUUUUUCGGGUUUUUUUAUAUUUUUUUAUUGCUUUCAGCUUAGUUAAUUUUAAAAUAUUAAUAAACAAAUACCUAUUUUUGAAUAUGAAAUUAAAAAAUUGAAUUUUAAUAUUAAAAACCUAUAUAUAAAGAUAUAAUAUGUUAGAUACUAUAAGAUUGGUAGUACAAAUUAUGUAGGUUAAUUUGAAAGAAAUUCUUUCAGACAAUCUCAUGGCAUAGUCGGUGAGUCGGCUACAAGAAUAUUACAAAAUUGUAUUAAAACAAAGAAAGAGGCCUUCGCAAACUUUUUAUUAACUAAUGGUCCAAUGCAAUAUUUAAAAAUGUCACAAAAAUAAGUCUAUAGAACGUUUGUAAAGGGGUUUUAACUUUAUCGGAUCGUUAAGGCGCGUUUUAACAAUGUGUAACACUUUUUGACAUUCUUAUAACGAGCUUAUAAAGCUCUGAUAACUCGUUGCGAACAUGACCACGAAUAUUUAAGUAAUAGACAUAAAAAUAAUAAUAAUAUAGUGCAUGUAAUUGUAAAAUAUUUUAAAUGCUGAUGAUCGAUAUAAUAAUAUGGCCUUAAACACUAUUACCUCAAGAUUUAGAUUCAGUUGUGUGUUACAUUUUUUUUUAUUACACGUUUAAAAAAAAAAAGUUUUAUUGAUUAGCACGAUUACCGAACCCAGAAUAACCCGUCGAAGCUACUGGUUGUAAGUAGGUAGGCAAAAAAAAUAUUUCGCUUGGUCGCGCUGGUCCCUCUAUCGGAUGCGGCUUCCUCCCGGUGAAGGUCAUGGGGCGACUUGAGGGGGUUGAGGCUGCGAAGCGCGCUAUCAGCACUCUAGCACGCUGCCAUGAAGUAAUAAUGUUACGCCGGUAAGACUAACGCCAUCUAUCGCCGAAACGAAUAUCAAAGGAACUCGUAACUUUGAGAAAGCUCGAGAAGUACAAUGCCAUCUAUUGUCAGCGGAAACACGAAGCUACUCGGCUUGCCCAGAAUGUUCUCGAUAAAUCUAGGGAUGUCGUCUCGACUAUAAAAGCGAUAGUAGCUAAGUGAUAAAUACAGUUUCAAGUUGUAAUUUGCUGGAACAUUUAUUUAUCCCGAACCCCAGCGCUUAACAAUACAUGCGCUAUUCAUAUUGGUUAAAAUUUAUAAUAAUCUCGAUUUUAUAACAAGCAAAUUAUUAGUUAAACACGACAUUUCGAACCGAAUUCCACAUUCCAACUUGCCAACAUUCCUAACAAGUCGAGUACCUUCGACGUGUGUUUCAGCUAUCUGACAAUAGAUGGCGUUGUACUCCUCGAGUGCUCUAGAUGUUGCUAGAUCCUUCGAGAUUCGUUCGGCUAUUCGGCGAUAGAUGGCCAUAUUCUUACCGGCGUAACAGUAUGUGUAUCCUUGUUUUUAAUAAAAAGGUCACAUUUGUGCUAUUAUUAAGUCGAAAGCCCGGAGCAUAACGCUUUUUCGUUACGUGACGACUUCGUUAAAUCCAAUCUAAUUUCAAAGUGUAGAACAAAAUAUGUUUUAACUUUUUUUUUUUAAAACAUACAACGAAAGAAAAUGCCUUACCUUACUUCGCGUUACUCGUUAUAAAGUCGAUCGGACUGUAAAAUACUUUAUUUUAAUGUAAUAAUAAAAAAAACCGUCCCAUAAACUGAAGUAGCUUUUAAUUUGAACUAUUUUUGUGAAAUAUAAAUCAUAAGAUACAAAUGAUAUAAUAAUAAUAAUAACAUCGAAACCUAGUAGUUGUAACUUUUUAUCCACGACAAACGGAACGUGCUGGUGUUUGAUUACGUAAUGCGUGACGUCAUUAGUGGCUAAUCGUUGCCUCCGCUUAUGUUCUACGAUCAACUCUUAUGUUUUUGUUACAAGUUUGCGAUAUUUGUAUCAAAUUGAAAUGAAAAGCAUAUUUCUUUUUACCAUUCUAAAAAAAGGAUUAUUCUUUUCUAAAAAUGCUAUAUUUUGACUUAUUGUAGCCUUAUCAUAAAAUACAAAAAUAGUUUUAUAACCAAGGCGGUAAUACUAAGUAUUCCUAUAACAGUUUUAGCCACAAAUGACGACACUGCAGCACUGACGAAGGAAUCCGGUAUUGUAUAUCUGAAUAUGUCUCAAGCCAAGAUUCAUUCCAUCGUUUUUAGCGAGUUAAUUAUUUAGAUAAGAUAUUAAAAGAUUUUCAAACAUAA